GACAUGGAAGCAAAUAGUUACAUAAUGUAAAUAAAAACAUUGCAGCCAGCGUGCGUUCAGAUUGGUGCUCGCUGCGCGGUGUCCCGGAUGGUGCUCGCACCGGAAGAGAAGGGGCAGCUCUCCCAGCCAUCUUGUGGCAGCAUCCAGCGAUUUGUUCGCAUCAAGCCUCGUAGAAUCGGAGGUGAAUCCCGCUGAAGGGGCGCCAUCAUGCCCGGACACCUGCAGGAAGGCUUCGGCUGCGUCGUGACCAACCGGUUCGACCAGUUAUUGGACGACGAGUCCGACCCGUUUGAGAUCCUGAAAGCGGCCGAGAACAAGAAGAAGGAGGCGGCCGCCGCUGGCUCCACCAAGACCGCAGCUCAAGCCGCCAAGCAGCCGAAGAAGGAGUCACAGAAGGACCGGAAGAACCCGCUGCUGGACAAGAAGGAGGAGUCCCAGGCUCCGGUCCCACUGAAGAAAGAAGGUAUCAGGCGAGUGGGACGAAGACCAGACCAGCAGGGCCAGCCCGGCUCCCAGAACCAGGGCGGGCAGGGUGAAGGGCGACCCGGAGACAAGAGGCCGGACCGGAGACCUCCUCGCGAGCGCCGUUUCGAGAAGCCGGCUGAGGACAAGCCCGAGGGAGGAGGAGAGUUCUCCGCGGACAAGCCUCCUGGAGACCGGCCCCCGAGAGGGCGUGGUGGCGGACGUGGUGGGCGUGGUGGAAGAGGACGGGGCAUGGGCCGAGGAGAAGGCUUUGACUCCCGUGGGAAACGAGACUUUGACAGACACAGCGGCAAUGACAAAUCCAGUCAGAAAAGUGAGGAAAAGCGAAGUGGCACCAGCUCACACAACUGGGGCAACGUGAAGGAGGAAGUGAGUGAGGCUGAACAGACUGCUGCUCCAGAAGCGACCCCAGAGGGAGAGGAGAAUGCACCUGCCGGCUCUGAGAACAAGGAGAACGAAGUUGAAGAGGUUAAAAACGAAGGCCCCAAAGAGAUGACCCUGGACGAGUGGAAGGCCAUGCAGGACAAGGAGCGCACCAAGGUGGAGUUCAACAUCCGUAAGCCCAACGAGGGAACCGACAGCCAGUGGAAAAAAGGAUACGUGCUGCACAAGUCCAAGAGUGAAGAUAGGCCUGUUGGAGCUUUGAUCGACGCCGUAGAGCCGGAAGCAGAGCCAACCCCUGUGUUCAACAAGCAGCUGGGAACCCCUGAUGAGUCCAGUGAUCACCACUUCCGCAAACCAGCCAAUGACAUCACAUCCCAGCUGGAGAUCAACUUUGGAGACCUUGGCCGCCCGGGACGCGGGCGUGGGGGAGCCCGCGGAGGGAGGGGAGGCCGCGGCGGAGGUGGCGGGGGAAGCAGCAGGCCGGCACGCGGGGAGCGCCCCGAAAAGGUUAGUGGAGUGUCAGUCCCCAACGUGGAUGAUCCUGAGGCCUUUCCAGCUCUGGCCUAAAGGCUCCUUUUCCACCACCAGCCCACCGAGCAGCCCUUCCGGGCCCCUCCUCUACGAGGCUUGCAUGCUUACAUCUUCAAGUAUAUAAGAAAACAGA